CCUCCGCGCCCUCCCCCGGCCCCGCGAACAUGGUGGACCGCGAGCAGCUGGUGCAGAAGGCCCGGCUGGCCGAGCAAGCCGAGCGAUACGACGACAUGGCGGCCGCCAUGAAGAACGUGACAGAACUGAACGAGCCUCUGUCCAACGAAGAGAGGAAUCUCUUGUCCGUCGCCUAUAAGAACGUGGUGGGGGCACGGCGCUCUUCCUGGCGAGUCAUCAGCAGCAUUGAGCAGAAGACAUCCGCUGAUGGAAACGAGAAGAAGAUAGAAAUGGUGCGGGCCUACCGUGAGAAGAUAGAGAAGGAGUUGGAAGCCGUGUGCCAGGAUGUGCUGAGCCUGCUGGACAACUACCUGAUCAAGAACUGCAGCGAGACGCAGUACGAGAGCAAAGUGUUCUACCUGAAGAUGAAAGGGGACUAUUACCGCUACCUGGCCGAAGUGGCCACUGGUGAGAAGAGGGCGACCGUGGUGGAGUCCUCGGAGAAAGCCUAUAGCGAAGCUCAUGAGAUCAGCAAGGAGCACAUGCAGCCGACCCAUCCCAUCCGGCUCGGCCUGGCGCUCAACUACUCCGUUUUCUACUACGAGAUCCAGAAUGCUCCGGAGCAGGCCUGCCACCUGGCCAAGACGGCGUUCGACGACGCCAUCGCCGAGCUGGACACCCUCAACGAGGACUCCUACAAGGACUCAACGCUCAUCAUGCAGCUCCUCCGCGACAACCUAACGCUGUGGACGAGCGAUCAGCAAGACGACGACGGCGGCGAAGGCAACAAUUAGACCCCCAGAUGGACUGGCAGCCGCACGCUGAUGCUAACUACUGCAGUCUUUAUUUUUUUCCCACAAGUUGGGGGGGUCAGGGGUGGGGGAGGGACAGGGAGGGGACACCUUCCCAGGGAGACCCCCACUACCUGUCUUUGAUUGCCUCGUUGACAUUUUUGCCAAAACACCACUAGUGGAAGUCAGGCUGGCUGUGCUGGUUAUGGAAUAGCAGCCUCACUGGCAUAUGGACUGUUCUGUAGAUUAUUAAUACAAGUGGAGCUGUCUUUAAUUUAACUUUAUCGCUAGAAAUAAAAAGGGUUUUAAGGUGAAAUAGCUUGAACGGAACGGCCCUCGUUUUUAAGGAAAGCAACACAAAAAGGAAGUUCUGUGGUUCCAGUAAGGCUUACGUGCGUUUGUUUCCUCAGCUCAAGUGCCGUGUGUUUGUUACCGCGCAGCAGGGUGUCUCUCUGGAGCGCCCUGCCUGGCAGGGCAUGGCUUAAAAUCCCCAAAUUUGACAAGGAAUAUUAGAACAAAAGCAAAGCAAAGAAUUUGGGGCUCGCAAAGCCCCAGGAUUCAGGCCACUUAACCUUUUUGUUAAGAUAUUUAUUAGGGUAGCUUACAGUAUUAACACUAAACCGCAGUUUACAGUAUUUCUACAUUACAGCCAUAUGACAUCAAGCCUUUGACUGUCUGUUUUCUUUUGCUAGUUCUUUUGGCUUGCCUUCCUAACAGUCCUCGCCUGUGGACUGGCUUAGCUACUCCGUGUCGCCCAAGGCAAGAAGACAACCCGCCCGAGGAGGAACAUCAGAGCUGCUCUAGUUUUUUGGUCAACAGCUUAACAGGUGCUUGGCUAGCGGCUGUUUCAACUAUUUUAGUCCACAGCAAAAGGUUUAAGAGCUUAAUUAGAGAAAAAAUAAAUAAAUAAAUAAAAGGGGGGAAGUGUUUCAACUAAAAUGCCACUAAAUAAAGAGAAUUCAGGUCUGUAUGUCAUGUACUGUGUUUGGUAUUUCCAAGACCAUCCUGAUUUUAGGUGCCACAGCUGCUUCCUCAGGGAUUGCACUGCCAUUUCACUCUGCCUGACUUUCUCCCACUGGACCAUGAGGUUUGUCAGCAGAUCUGGCGCUCGCGCUGCCUUGUUGGUCAGCAGGGAAGCCGGGCGCGCUUUCCGUCUCCUGAGGAAGCUUGUGGUGUACUGAGUGAACUUCAGGAGCUUAGAAGCUAAUUUGGUAGAGAAAUCCACAAGGGAGGAGCUAAAACCAUAGACAUUUCUAGCCAACAUCGGGAGCCCAGGAACUUAGUUCUCUUCUUAACAAAACCUUUCCCAAGUCAGUCCUAUUCGGCCGGGGGUGGGAGCCAGGGCACCUGAGUUGCGUAGCAGGUAGUUUUUACCCCAUUUUGAGUACUUUUUUUUGCAUCCCCCUUGCACAUUCGCUGCUGCCCUCCGGCUUGGGGAGCGCGGCGCCGCUUCCCCGCGACGGCAGCGCCCUGGGGAGACUCGCGCCCGUGGGGUGGUAGAACAGCCUGUCACCGUCCCUUGCUGCAUCGGGCUACAGGCGGAGCGCCGCGGUGUUGCACACGCGCUACAGCCGCCCUUGUCCGCCUGUGCGGGUGGCUCCGCCGGCCUCGGCUCCGGCCCCUCGGCAGCCGUCACCUUCCCCCGGCCCUUCUCGAGGGAGCUGCCGCUCGCAGCGAUCCCGGGGAUGCUCCGAGCUCCCAAAUCGGUCCCCAAAAGCGCCGGCUUUGGCGCCUGGCCCUGCGCAGCACCCUGUAGGGAGCCCAGAAACACCCACAAAACGCCGCGGACCGCGAGAUCCGCUUAGGCUUCUUCCCUCUGAUUGACCUUCGCGUCCGGUGAGCAGUGUUGUCCCAGCGCUAUAAUUUGGAAGUCAUUUACUGGAAUUACAAAACCUGUUUUUGAUUUUCCGCUUUCGCUCUGGCUGCUUUAGAGAAAUUCCGCAGGAAAGAUCGCACAAGAGGGCUACAAACGGCGUGGGGGUGGGGGACUUGAUUUUUAAGCAGCUUGAAUGGUUUCUUUCAUUUUUUAAGAAAUGCACUUGCCUAUGAUACUGUCUCUCCAGUGAAAUGAUUACUGCUCCAUUACUCUAUUGAUACAAUAUUGUGCAUGCUAGUGUCGUAUUUCUAUACAGUAGCUUGAAAUUUAUUAACUUAUACUGUAGAUGUUAUGUAUUCCUAUGACAAAAUAGUCUUCAAAAAUUUUUUAAAGUUUUUUAAUUUAUUUUUCUUUUGGGGGUAAAGUUUGCUCUACCAAAUAGUGAUCGUAACAAAACUGAUCUGUUAUGGAUGUUGCUAUAGUGACAUGCAAUUAUAUAUGAUUUUGUUUUUAAAAAGGAAAAAAAAGCAAAAGAAAACACCAGUGUUAGCUUAAUCUUAAUGUCUGGUGUUCGUCAUGGUGAAAUUAUAACUAUUACAGUGUAGGAGAACAAUGACUGUGUUCUUUGAAUGAGCCUUUGUUUGUGCUUUUUGUCAUGUUAUGCAGUGAACUAUUUUUAAGGUCUAAUCAGUGAUUAUUUUUCCAACUCCGUGUUUCUGUAAGGAAUUAUUUCACACACGGACCAUUCUUAGCAGUUUUCCUCAGUGAUGGAAUAUCAUGA